ACCAGGGCAGUCCGACAAAGUAUUCUCUUUUCUGUGGCACGGAUUUUCUGGUCUGCCAGGUCCUUGCGCUUACAGGUCAUCGCAAUAGCCCUCGUUUUUAUGGUGCUGUAUGGCGCUUUAGUGGCGCAGAGAGCUUUGCAAUACGGCCACGAUCUUGAUCGGUACAAUCGCCCCGACAAGAAUGAGCGGAAACAUGCGCAUUUGACCCAUCCCGUGACUAUUUUUGAGUUGAUAACGGACUGCGUUUCUGAUACAAUCGUUGUAACAUUCGCCUCGCAUCUUCUAUGGGGCAUAAGGCUUCCCGCGAAGGAACGAAUCGUGAUACUGGCAGCACUGUCGACCAGUAUCACUGUGAUGAUCUUCUCGAUUUUCCGAGCUGUCUGCCAACUCAACCAUUCCAGGAGAAUCUGGAGAAUCGCGACUGAUCUUGAGCUCGCAGUUUCGCUCAUUACAUGCAACCUUCUGGUGGCUACAACCUAUAUCUAUAGGGCUGUGACUCGUCGUAGACGUAGUGUCUCCGAAUCAAAAUCUGAUUCGGACGUAGUGUUCUCCCAAAAUAGCAGCCUUGACGGAAGAAGACAAUUGACCACCAUUGACCUAGCUGGUUACAGUGGGGAUAGUCAGUCUGUGACUCAAGCAGAGCCAUAGGAUAGGGUUACUUGCAUGCACUCCUGCUGGCAGGGCAGAGUUUAACGGCA